UGAGAUCUCGCGAGGCUUCCUUCACGCCGCUCCAGCGUGGUCCAAUCGGAGAGCAGGCCUUGCCUGUUUGCUCCAGAACGGUUACUGCUGCAAAAGCUGCUCGUUUUUAAAGUCACAGGCACCCGUUUUCCACGUUCGUUUGGACAAGCACUGUGAAAUUAAUGUCACUUUGUGGGGUAGGAAUCUCGACACUAUCCAGUGGAUUUGCUGCCAAACUAUGGAUCCCAGUGAGCUUCCAGGGUCUCUAAACCCCUUCCAGCUUGCAGAUGAGGCCUUGAGGAAUGACUUGCUGACCAUGCCCACCAGCAUGGAGGUCCCCGGCAGCGCCUUGCUGGGGCUGGAGGAGUACAGCGCUGCCACGCCCACUCUGACUCAGUCCGAGAGGGUCAGGCAGAAGACACAGGACAGCUUGAGCAUCUUGGAGAACCCGGACUCCUUGGAACUGUCCAAGACCCAGGUGGAGGAGUUCUACAGCAAAGUGUUCCCAGAGCCGUCUGGAUCGGCGGGCCCCUGGCCAGCAGAUGUGCCUAAUUGCAGAGAAGCUGAGGCAGUGAUGCCAAAGCUGUCUGGGGAUGUAGAGAUGGAGGAGGUUGAGGAUUUGGUAGGGAAGGAGUUGGGGAAUGACUUUGGCAGCCGAGAGGAGGCACCACAGCCACAAACGGAAGGGGAGCAGAUAAAAAGUACACUGGUAGUGAAGCCCGAAUUGAAAGCUGAAAGUAGCACUGUAAGCCCACCCUCAUCUGUAUCCCCGGCUGUAUCUAACCAAGAGGUGUCUUUGGUAGGUGAGAAAGAGACUUGCUCCAAAGAGCUUGAUGCUGAGCAGGGGGAGACCAAGCCUGAGCAGGGGGAGACCAAGCCUGAGCAGGGGGAGAUCAAGCUUGCAGAAGUUGCCUCUUCAGCAGAAUGCCAAACCUCUGCUGUAGAGAGCCUGGUGCAAAUCAAAAAUGAGUGUAAAGCUGAAGGUGAUACAGCAGCAGAGGGCAGCAAAAGCCAACAAGCCAGCAGGGCCAAAUUGGAAGAAAAGGCAGAGACACCACCAGCAGCUGCUAAAGAUCAGACACAGGGGAAUCUGGCAGCCUCGAGCCCAGACGAAAAAAUUACUGAUGCUUCAGAGGAAAAACCCAAAGGCAGGAUGGAAAUGAGGAGAACUGAACGCUUUAGGAGAACCGAAUCCCGGGGAUCGACAGGACUUUCUGACAGUGCUCAGUUAUCCGAUGACGACUCUGACGCCAUGGUGGAUGAUCCCAACGAUGAGGACUUCGUCCCGUGCAGCACCCCACGACGCUCCACUCGGAUGUCUCUGCGCAACCAGAGGCCUCACACGCCGGCUAUUGCUGCAGUCCCUCCUGGUGCACUCAGCCGGCCGAGGAGCACAGUGCACAGCGCGCCACCGAGCACAGUGCACAGCGCGCCACCGAGCACAGUGCACAGCGCGCCACCGAGCACAGUGCACAGCGCGCCACCGAGCACACCCCACAGCGCGCCGCCACGCUCACUCACCAAAAUGUACUGCGCACACUGCAGGACCCCACUGCAGAAGGGGCAGACUGCCUACCAAAGGAAAGGGAUGCCCCAGCUCUUCUGCUCUUCCAUCUGCCUCUCUGCCUUCUCCAAGAAACCGCCAAGGAAGAAGCCUUGUGUGUUCUGCAAAAAGGACAUUUGGACUACAAAAGAUUCCGUUGUCGCCCAGACUGGACCGGGAAACUCUUUCCAGGAGUUCUGUAAUAAAACUUGCCUUUCACUUUACGAAGCCCAGUUACAAAAGGCGGCUGUUCCAACAGCUGAUUCUACUGCCCCAAGAUGUAGCAUCUGCCACAAAGCAGGAGAGAUCCAGCAUGAAGUGAGCAGUGGCAAUAUGGUCCACCGUCUUUGCAGUGACACCUGCUUUACCAAGUUCAGAGCCACAAAGGGGCUGAAAACAAACUGCUGUGAUAACUGUGGGGUGUACAUCUACAACAAAGGGCUUCCUCUCGAGUACCUCUUUCACGAGGGACAGCAGAAGAGGUUCUGCAACUCUGCCUGCUUAGCUAUGUACAAGAAGAAAAAUACCAAAGUGUACCCGUGCAUGUGGUGCAAGACUCUGUGCAAGAACUUCGACAUGCUCUCGAGUGUGGGCCGCAAUGGCAAGAUGGGACUCUUCUGUUCUGUGUGCUGCAUCACGUCUCACAAAGUCAAGAACGCAGGGCCCACAGUUCCUCCCAAGCCGUGCAGCUUCUGCAGGCGCAGUCUGUCAGACCCGGGGUAUUACAACAAGACCGACAGGGUGGUCAGUCAGUUCUGCAGUCCCAGCUGCUGGACUAAAUUUCAGCAAUCCAGCCCCGAAGGUGACAUCCAUUUAAACUGCCACUCCUGUCACAAUCUAUUCAGCGGCAAGCCUGAAGUACUGGACUGGCAGAACACCAUCUACCAGUUCUGCUGUAAAGAAUGCUGUGAGGAUUACAAGAGGCUGCACGGGGUGGUGUCGGUCUGCGAGCACUGCAAACAGGAGAAGCUGCUGCAUGAAAAGAUCAAGUUUUCAGGAGUGGAAAAGAAUUUCUGCAGUGAAGGCUGUAUAUUACUGUAUAAGCAGGACUUCACUAAGAACCUGGGCCUGUGUUGCAUUACUUGUACAUACUGCUCCCAGACAUGCAAAAGAGCUGUAACAGAAGAGCUGGAUGGCAACACCUGGGAUUUCUGCAGCGAGGAAUGCAAAACCAAGUACCUGCUCUGGUACUUUAAGGGAGCCAGAUGCCAUGGCUGCAAACGGCAAGGGAAGCUUUUGGAAACCAUACACUGGCGUGGGGAGAUCAAACACUACUGUAACCAGCAAUGCCUCCUGCGGUUCUACAGCCAGCAGAACCAGCCCAACCUGGACACUCAGAAGGGGCCGGAGAGCUUGCUAAACAAACAUACGCAAGAGUUGAAAACAUCAACCACUGCUGCUAAGAAAUUUGAACCUGCUGAGAAGACACAAGCAGCCGAGCUCCCCCCCUCCCUGUCUCCUCCUCCCUUACCCACUGCCCGCAAGAACAAGGCUGCCAUGUGCAAGCCACUGAUGCAGGACCAAGAGGUGUCCUGCAGACCUGAGAUGAUGUCAGUAGGUUGCCAGACAGAGGAAGACUGGAAACCACAGACGGUUGUUAUCCCCAUCCCAGUCCCUGUCUUUGUGCCAGUGCCUAUGCAUAUGUACUGUCAACAAACACCAGUGCCUUUCACCAUGCCGAUCCCAGUCCCAGUUCCUAUGUUUCUUCCAACCACCCUGGAGAGUGCUGAUAAGAUCGUAGAAACGAUUGAGGAGCUGAAAGUGAAGAUCCCAUCCAACCCGCUCGAGGCAGACCUUCUCGCCAUGGCGGAGAUGAUUGCAGAGGCCGAGGAGAUGGAUAAAGCAUCCUCCGAUCUCUGUGAUCUCGCCAGCAAUCAGAGUGCAGAGGGCUUGCUGGAAGACUGCGAUUUGUUUGGACCAGCCCGAGACGAUGUUCUGGCGAUGGCAGUCAAAAUGGCGAACGUUUUGGAUGAGCCGGUUCAGGACUUAGAAGCAGAUUUUCCUAAAACACCCUUAGAUCCCAGUGUUGACUUCCUUUUCGACUGUGGACUCGUGACCACCGAUGACGAUCAUACAGAACAUGAGCUUCCCAGAGUUGUAAGAAAGGGCCAGAAACGGAUACUGCUGUCGGAGAGCUGCUCCCGAGACUCGAUGAGCAGCCAUUCGGGAUGCACGGGGUUAAAUUAUUCCUACGGAGUGAGCGCCUGGAAGUACUGGGCUCAGACCAAGCAUUCCGGCAAUGAGGGCGGAAAAAACGAAGAGCUACGAUUUGGCCCUAAACCAAUGAUGAUAAAAGAGGAUAUCCUUACUUCCACUGCUGCUGAACUGAACUAUGGACUGGCGCAGUUUGUGAAGGAAAUCUCUCGACCAAAUGGGGAAAGAUACGAUCCAGACAGCAUUUACUACCUGUGCCUUGGAAUACAGCAGUACCUUCUGGAGAACAAUCGAAUGGUCAACAUCUUCACGGAUUUGUUCUAUCUGACUUUUGUACAAGAACUUAACAAGAUGUUAAAGGGCUGGCAGCCCGCGAUAUCCCCGACUGGUACGAUCCUCUCUCGGGUGGAGGAGGAGCAUCUGUGGGACUGCAAGCAGCUGGGGGUGUACUCUCCCUUCGUCCUGCUCAACACCCUGAUGUUCUUCAACACCAAGUACUUCGGCAUGAGGACGGUGGAGGAGCACCUGCAGCUGUCCUUCACCAACGUGGUGCGUCAGUCCAGGAAGUGCUCCAUGCCCAGGGGCGUGGGCAAGGUAGUCAGCAUCCGCUACUGGCCGUCUGUGCGCAGCAAGAAAGGCAGAGAAAGCAGCCUGGGAAAGAGGAAACGGGAGGAAGAAGGAACGAUUCUGGAGCAACUGGAAAACAGGCUGAACCCGCUGAGAUGUCCAGUGAAGUUUUUUGAGUUCUACCUGUCGAAAUGCCCGGAGAACAUGAGGAGCAGGAACGACGUGUUCUAUCUGCAGCCGGAGCGCUCGUGCAUCGCGGAGAGCCCUCUGUGGUACUCCGUCAUCCCCAUGGACAGGAGCAUGCUGGAGAGCAUGCUGAACAGGAUCCUGGCGGUGAAGGAAAUCUACGACGACCACCACACCGGGGAGGAGCUAGAGGAUGACAUCGCCUGAGGGGCUCCUCUUUUAAUGUACUUCAGGACCUGUAAAUAACCAGGAGACCAGUGUUUGGUGAAACAGCAUUGCUGCACUUCGCUUGUUUGGCAGGUCAUAGUUUAAUAACUAGCGUUGGGAAUUGUACAGUGUGCAAUCCGAAGUAUUAAUAAGGUUUAAGGGACUCCUUGUACAUCUUGUGCCAUGUUAUCCCAGUAUGUUUCACUGACCUCCCACCUAAGCUGUUGGUGAGCUUACGUCUGUUGUCUUUCUCUGUCCUGUCUCGCUCAACCAGUCUCCUAACAAAUUACUCCUUUUAUUUUGAACACUAGCUGUGUAGUAAUUUGGAAUUAACGGACUGGAUUUUUACAGGACCUAAAGGAAUGUCCCUGUUAAAAUAAAUGCAAUCCAAACUUG